UGACAAGUGACAGUAUUACAUUAUAAUUCCAUCCAUCCGUGGUCCGGCGAGGUGUAGUGUUGGAUGAAAAUGAACGGUUUUGUACAUUAUGUAUUAAUUUAAUAUUGAAUAAUAACGAAUCAUUUAUACUUUCUUUGAAAGAAAUACUGAAAGGAAGCUUACAUGGCUGACGUACGUGAUAAUAGUUAUAAAAUUUUAAAUAUUCUUGUCAGAAAGUGACAAUCUUUUUUAAACAUGUACUCGUGGACGAAAACUAAUAUUUGUAACUAAUUUGUGAGUGUGUAACUAGUGCCAAUUUAUUGCGUUGGAAAAAGCGUCAAUAUUUUUUUGCUUUAAAAUACAUGAAGUAUUAAACAGUAGGUUGUAAGUAAGUAAAAUGUGAAGUCCAUGCUAGUAUAAUUUACAACAGUUUGAAAGGCAGCAGACGGUUGAAGAAGUAUGCUAGAGUAGGCUGUGCAAGAAGCUAAGGUUGAACAGCCGACAUGGCGCUGGAUACGUCUCGGCGCGAGGCGCUGGUGGUGGUGGCGCUGUGCCUGGCGUGGUACGCGGUCAGCUCGGCCAGCAACGUGGUGGGCAAGCUGGUGCUGACGGACUUCCCGUUCCCCGUGACCGUGACCAUGGUGCAGCUGCUGAGCAUCGUGCUGCUGAGCGCGCCCGCCUUCGCCGCCUUCGGCGUUCGGCGCCAGACCGACUUCCCGCGCCGCUACUACUGGCGCACUCUCGUGCCUCUCGCCUUUGCCAAGUUCCUGACCACUAUUUGCUCUCAAGUAUCAAUAUGGAAAGUUCCCAUCUCCUAUGCACAUACAGUGAAGGCGACGACCCCGCUGUGGACGGCGGGGCUGGCGUGGGUCCUGUUCGGGGAGCGCCAGUCGCGCGGCGUGCAGCUGUCGCUGGUGGUGAUCGCGCUGGGCGUGGGCGUCGCGUCGGCCACCGAGCUACAGUUCGACGCGCUGGGGCUGGGCGCCGCGCUGGCCGCCGCCGCGCUGCUGAGCCUGCAGCAUCUGUACUCCAAGCGCGUCAUGCGCGACACGGGCGUGCACCACCUGCGCCUGCUGCAGGAGCUGGGCCGCCUGGCGCUGGCGCUGUUCGCGCCGCUGUGGCUGGCCUGCGACGCGGCGGCGCUGGCGGCGGGCGCGGCGCCGGCGACGGGCUGGGCGCGCGGCGCGGCGCUGCUGGCGGCGGACGGCGCGCUGGCGUGGCUGCAGGCCGUGGCGGCGUUCAGCGUGCUGUCGCGCGUGUCGCCGCUGGCGUACGCCGUGGCGUCGGCGGCCAAGCGCGCGGCCGUGGUGCUGGCGUCGCUGCUGGCGCUGCGCAACCCGGCGCCGCCGCUCAACCUGGCCGGCAUGGCGCUGGCGGCCUGCGGCGUGCUGGCCUACAACCGCGCCAAGCUGCGCGCGCGGGGCCAGCCCGCGCUGCCCGUCUGACCGCCUGCCUCGACUCUCUUGUGCUGCUCUUGUAAAAUAUUUUUAUUUUUAUAUGUACGAUGAGGACAUUUUAGUGUAAAUUGACUAUAUUAUUAUAGAUUAUGUUAUUGUAUAUUUUAGUGCAAGAAUAAACGAAUUGUUGCUAUUUUA